CUUAUAAUCAUAAAUAUAAUAAAUAUAAUAUAAUAAAUUCCAAUAUUCCACACUUCUCAUUCUCUGCUUCAAAACUUGUUCGAUUUUGCAGUACUCACUCUCCAAUUAUGGCCAAAGGCGUGAUAUCUGAUGACGAAGAUGAGGUUGAGGUUGAGAUGGACGAGAGAGAGCCUGUUGAUGGUGAAGAAUUGGAAGAAGGAGGUCGAGAUAUGGACGAGGACGAUGUGGAUGAAGAAGAAGAGGAAUACUGGGGAUUUCAAAUUAGGGUUUUCCCUUGCGGCAUUGUUUGAUUUUGGAAGGUGGAAGCAAAGUGAGAUUUCCAUGAGGCGAGUCUUACACCCAUCUUGUAGUAUACUUGUGUUACUGCACCAUGAGCCUGAAUCUCAUUUCCUAUUAGGGACACAUCAACGACAUUAAUUAGGUAUUGUUAGUUAAAGUUGAAAAUUACUCUUCUAAUUAGGUAUUGUUCUAUUUUUGUAAAUUUUAAAAAUAUAUAGUUAUAUAUAAUAUAAUUUGGUCUAUUUUAAAAUCAUGCUAUCCUCAUUGGGAUUUUCUUCUAUCUGGUUGCAUCUUGGGAUUUUCCUACUGUUGUAACACUGAUUCAUUUCCAGCCAAAGAGUUUUACCAUGGUGUUAUAGUAUGACAUUUUGGGUUCCUUGUUUGGACUACCAAAAUUGAGCUUAGAGAUAAAAAAUCUGAGACGAGUUCUCCAAGUUAGAAUAGCAAUUGAGGAUUAUUCUGCACCUACAACUGAAAGUAAGGCAGCACAGGCUAUGAGCAUGCAUCUGUAUUUCCCGUGUGGGAUCAUUAGAGGAGCUCUUUCCAAUUUGGGAAUUCCAUGUGCAGUUUCUACUGACAUAUCAAGCUCCAGCAUGUAAGUAUCUCCCUCCUCCCUCUCUCUUUUAGACACAUGCGGAGAUAAGAAAGGUUACUUAAGGGUAGAUAAAAGUUCUGUUCCAUUUGUCAUGUUUUCCGGAUGCAUAAUUGCAUGUGAAUAAUUCGAUAUGUUUGGAAAACUUUAAAUAGGUUCUAGACUAGUUCACAGUCAAUGGCCUACAGUGAGAAGUUCAGUUCCGUUCGAUUUGUGAUACAGUUUUUUAAAGUUCUGUUGUUCGAUUUGUGAUGCAUAAUUUUUUCUUAACUUGCUCAAUAAGGUAGUAGAAGUCUUUCGAGUUUCUCUCGGACCUAGGUACCUUCACUCUGUAUAGUUCUUCUUUGGUCUCUAGUUAUACUACAGUAUAGAUGCAAUUUUUGUGUUGGGGCAGUUUAGCUAGCAUGGAUAUUCCUGAUGUCCAAGUAGGUGUGGAGAGUAGGCUAUGGUUGUUGAAAUAAUUAUAUAUUUAAAUAUAACUGGCAUAUUUUCGUUUGAGACAAUUUGUAAGUUUGUUUUCAGAAUAAUUGAAGGAUAUUCUUUAUGAGUAUAGAAGGUUGUGCUUUCUUUAUCUAUCUAUAUACAUCCUUGCACGAUCUAAAAGUGAGUAUCGUUUGAAUGUAGAGAUAAUUGGCUAUUUUUGUUAAAGUGCAAGUUACUUCUAUCUAUAGACUCAAUAUUAAGAUUUGAGAACAACCAGAUGGGUUAUAUUGGCUAGCUUUACAUUAUGCAGGUUGCACCAUGAAGUUGUUAAAGAUGAUCUAAUUUGGUUCAUGUCAAGACUACGAAUGUAGCUGAGAGCUUACUUGACCUAGAGGUUCACUCUUAAACCAAAUUUAAGAUAUUGGGUGACUUCCUUGAAUAAACGGGCAACAUUUUUGCGGAGAAACAAAUUUACCGCUUAACUAGGUUUUACCCAUAUUGUUUAUUUUGACAAAUAUUAGCGCACUUUUGUAUUUAAAUCAAUUUUGUUUUAGAAGCGUUUGCAAAUGAUGUUAAAAGUUACUUAUGCUUAACACUGAUUUAAUUCUGUGAGGAUAAAAUACUCCGCUUAUUAUCUGAUGCAACCCAUAUGUUACCUUUA